GCACCCACAGACGCCAAAGCCGAGUCCUCUUUGCCAAACACCACAAAUGGGGCGAAAAAGGCAGAGCGCGUAACCCGGGUGACGAAAAAGAAGGGCGAGCUAUUAACAGAGAACGAGAAAAAGGCCAAUCACAUUGCGUCGGAGCAGAAGCGCAGACAGAAUAUACGCGUGGGAUACGACCAGCUGAUUCAAAUCGUGCCCACUUUGACGCCAUCGCAGAGGAGCGAAGCCCUGAUUUUGCAAAAAACCGUC